AUGACCCCAAAACCCUCCUUGCUUCGGUCGGCACCGAGCUCCACGCAACCCUCGUACGGCGCCAUAUCUCCCGACUUGCGGGGCGGUGCCCUUCGCGACCAUUGGGUUUCCUCCAGUUCCUCAUCCGCCGACCCCACAGACGUAGACGAGCAGCCGCCGCCGGAUUUACGGAGAAGACCGAGUCGAGAUGCGCUGUCAGGGCCAAAGGUGCUGCGCAGCAGACGCUCCGCGCGGUUCGCGGAAGAGCUCGGCGGCUCCGGUACCAUACGAGGUCUAGAAGGUCGUUUUGGUGUCACCGAAACAGCUGUGCCACCCGACAUGCUCCAAGACCCGAAGCAGGACAGCGAUGACGGCAGCGAGGCGGGUCUGCUGGAGGACGAGGACGACGACGGCGGCGCGUACGGUGCCGAAUUCGACCAAGACCCGCCCGACAACUCCCCAUAUCCCCAAGUUCGGGCUUCUGUUCCGCCUACAGACAAUACCACUCUGUCCAUAAACACCCCCCGCAUGUGGACCCUGUCCAUUCUCUUCUCGAUCCUCGGGUCGGCCACCAAUCUUUUCUUCUCGUUGAGAUACCCCAGUGUCGCCAUCACCCCCGUCAUAGCUUUGUUGCUUGUCCAUCCACUUGGCCUUUUAUGGGAUUAUCUAUUGAAACGCCGGGAUGACCCCCCCGAAGAGUAUAUUGACGGAUUCCGUGCUGCCGACGAGUGCCCUUCGAGCCCUGGCGAGGCGCGACAUGCCCGCUUCGUCCCGUACGCCCACAGGAGCAGGCUGGACCGUUUCCGCCUCUGGUUAACCCAGGGACGUUGGAACGAGAAGGAGCACAGCUGUGUCUAUGUCAGCAGCAACGUCUCGUUCGGCUUCGCUUUCGCAACGGACGUGAUCGUGGAGCAGACCCGCUUCUACAAGCAGGAUGUCGGCAUCGUCUACCAGCUUCUGCUGACGCUCUCGACGCAAAUACUGGGCUAUACCUUUGCUGGACUCACCAGGAGGUUCUUGGUCAGGCCAAGCAGCAUGAUCUGGCCGGGCACGCUCAUGUCCGCUGCCAUGUUCUCCACGCUGCACAAGGAGGAGAACAGGGAGGCUAACGGGUGGAGAGUCAGUCGUUGGAAGUUCUUCUACAUCGUUUGGACUUCUGCGUUCCUCUUUUAUUUUCUCCCCGGCUUGCUGAUGCCCGCGCUGAGCUACUUCAACGUGGUGACUUGGUUCGCGCCAGACAACGUCGUCGUCGCCAACCUGUUCGGCGUUGUAUCCGGACUUGGCCUCUUUCCCAUGACGUUUGACUGGGCACAGAUAGCCUACAUAGGAUCUCCACUCCUCACCCCUUUCUGGGCUGCCAUGAACGUGGUAGGUGGCCUCGUGCUCGUCAUGUGGAUCAUUGCUCCCAUUGCCUACUAUAGCAACUGGCUCUACUCGUCCUAUAUGCCGAUCCUGUCGUCCGCCGUGUUCGACAACACAGGGAAAGUAUACGACGUCAGCAAGAUUCUGACCGAAGACUUUCUCUUUGACAAAGAGGCAUACCAGAACUACAGCAGGGUUUUCCUACCCAUUACCUACGUCUUGAGCUAUGGCGUCCAGUUCGCCGGCCUCGCCGCGUUGCUGACGCACACGGCAUGCUGGCACGGGAGGGAUAUCUGGACCCAGUGGAAAAGAUCCAUAAAAGACGUUCAUGAGGAUGCCACACCCCUGUAUCGGCCGGUCUCCAGCAACGGCGAGGCGACGGCGUCGUCGCGCGACCGCAGCAGCCGCUAUCUCACAACGCUAUCAUCCAGCACCGAGAAUCUCAUGAGCCGAGAGGAUGUACACAACAGGCUUAUGAGGAGGUAUAAGGAUGCGCCCAUGUGGUGGUACUUUUUAACCUUUCUCUCCAUGACCGCCAUUGGCAUCUUUGUGGUCGAAUACUAUCCGAUCCAUUUGCCGUGGUACGGGCUCCUCCUCGCCCUCGGGAUAUGCAGCAUCCUGUUCAUACCAAUCGGCAUCAUCAUGGCCGUCACGAACCAGCACAGCAGCAUCUACCUCAUCUGCCAGCUCGUGUGCGGCGUCGUCUUCCCAGGCCGGCCGGUGGCGAACAUGGUCUUCGUCACGUACGGAUACAUCUCCUCGGCGCAGGGGAUCAAGUUCGCCGCCGAUCUCAAGCUCGGCCACUACAUGAAGAUCCCGCCGCGCAUCCUCUUCUCGGUCCAGAUGGUCGCCACCAUCGUGUCCUCGCUGACGCAGAUCGCCGUCCUGAACUGGAUGUUCGCAAACGUGCCGGGGCUCUGCACGUCCGAGGCCAUCAACGGCUUCACCUGCCCCCUCGCGCGGGUCCACUUCAACGGCUCCAUCCUCUGGGGGGUCGUGGGGCCGGCCGAGUUCUUCGGGCCCAACGCGACCUACCGCCCGCUGGUGUGGGCCUUCCUUGUCGGCGCCAUCCUGCCGAUCCCGCUGUGGCUCUACGGCCGCAACAGGAAGGACAGCAUCGUGCGCAAGAUCAACCUCCCCGUGCUGUUCGGCUCGCUCGGCUGGAUCCCGCCCGCCACGGGCCUGAACUUCUCGGUCUGGGCCCUGGUGUGCUACCUCUUCAACUACCUGGUCAAGAACAGGGCCACGGCGUGGUGGGCAAAGUACACCAUGACGCUCAGCGCCGCCCUCGACUCGGGUCUGGCCUUCGGCAUCGUCGUCGUCUUCUUCGGCUUCAUCUACCCGGGCUGGAUGAAGGGCUUCAGCUGGUGGGGCACCGAGAUCUACAAGUCAGGCUGCGACUGGCAGGCCUGCUCGUACCAAUCCGUGCCGGACGGAACCCGCUUCGGGCCCGAGACCUGGUAG